GGAGCUUUCAUCUCCUUGAGAGAACUCACGAGUUAAUCCUGAAUUUUUUUGGGUGGAGUUAUCCCUCGCUGCCAACCGAAACGAAGACACAGAGGGCAGUGAAUGUGCAUUCAAAACUUUUUCGUCUUGAGUAGUGUGAGUUCUCUUUCAAAACUAUCAGCAGUGAGCUAGUUACUCACUGUUAAAUCUUAGGACAUUGUUUCCUCGUGUUGUCGUUCAGUUAGAAGCGCCUAUGUUUGUGAAAUCUAGAUCUAAGUGUUGUUUUUCUGCUUCAUUGAAGAUCCACUUCAAAAGAUGUGAAAUUUCUUGUGAAAUAUUUGACGUUCCAGAAAAGAUAAUUUACACGUUCAAACUUAAUCAUACACCAGUUUUCAGCAGUAACAAAUAAACUGUCAAGGGAGGCUAGUGUUGUUUGCUUUUCAAAUAACAAUGUACGAACAAGAAUUUGACACAGCACCGUAUGACAAUGUGGAAUUCCCGGUUCGAAAGCCCGGCACCGGUACGUGGCCCGGACCAGCAUCAGCGGCAUCCACCGGAGUAAGUGGGGCAGGCUCAGGUUCAAAUGUUAAACUGUUCGGUCACCAGACCACUGGUCGCGGUGUGGGGGGCGCCUCGAAAUUGGCGCCGCUGGUGGAAGUGGAUGGCUCGGAGGGUGCCGAGAAUAAUCACAGGAUGCAACUCAUUAAUUUCGGAAGCAGUCAGGCGGCCACAUCGUCAUCCACGUCGACUACUUCCUUCACGGCGCAGCAGCACGGGGCACAGUCCAAGACAGCCUCCACGACAGCAUCUUCACUCGGCACAGAGCUGAAUGCCACACCUACAACAAACACCUUUUCCACAGCUGCUGCGUCCUCAACAAGCACAGCCGCCUCAACGGCCACAGCCACUACAACGACGUCCUCGUCGUCGACAUCCUCCUCCAGCGCAGCAGCGAGGCAAUCAACCACAGUGAACACCACAGCGAACACCAGCAAACCAGUCAUCACGGUACCGAAUGAUUCCACAACAUAUGUAGCAACACAGGUGACGUCCACCUCAGACACGUUACGUAAAAAGACACCCAAGCAAAUGGAGACGGAGGAUGAGGACUUUAAACGCCACGACCUGAACCCGUGGGCCAGGAGCGCCCUGGAGAGAGUCUACACCCAGCAUAAAGACUUCUACCAGCUCAACUCUAAAGUUCUGGACGAGGGCAGUCUUCUGAAGCAGGAUGUCAUGGAUAUUUACAGGAAAACUGGAGAGACUCUGACCUACGAGCAGCUCUUGCAAGGUAUGCUUGUGGACGGCGAGAGGUUCCUGCUGGGCAGCUGCUGGCUUUACUUUACACACGUCCAGUUCCUUGACGUGGAGGGAACCAGGGCGCUCAGGGAGCCUUAUGGCAAGGGCAGGAUCGGGUUGACCAGCAAGAGGGCGCUGUUUUUGUCUACUGAGAACUACACAGAUGCCAACUUAGAGCAGUUCGUGGACGCAAGCAAGAAGCAAGACAACUUGGGCUACAAGCUGGAAGUCUCCAAACGCAGCAUCGUGCUGUUCAAGAAUAUUCCCCUCAGCAACUUCCACAGUGCAGAGAUGGAGGUGGUGACUGGCACUGCUGCGCAGACCAAGAUCACCAAGAAUAUUUGUUGUGGCUGUUUCGGGAUCGGAAAGUGGGUGUCCACUCCUCCCAUGACCAGGUCCAUCAACAAUCGUGUACUUAGAGUGGGCGUUUCAAUGCCUCCAUGGCAGACCAGGAUGUUUUUGGACAUUCACCUUGACCCUUCCAUGUCACUGACAGUGGCCAGAGACUUCAUCUCUCAGCUUCAUGCCUUCGCCCCACACAUGCACUAAGUUUCUGGUAGAGAAGAUUUGUGGGUUCAGUGCCAUAAUAAGACUUCAUGAUAUUACACCUUUUUGUAUCUUGAUUUGUGUAUAUAUUUCUGCAUUGUUAUGUUUUGUUUCUGUGGACUAUUGGGCCUAUCCAGUGAUACUGUUUUGUUUUAUGUACAGUGCAAUACACCAUCAGUAUUCAAUCCAUAUACUUGAUCUCUGUAACAUUUUACAAUGUAUGGUUCCUUCUUAUUACUAUUUUUUAGUAUUGCAGAAUGAAUACAAAAAUUAAUUAACUUUUUUUUUAAAAAAAAAGGGAAGCUUGUAUAAGGGAAACAACUGCACAUUAAAAACCAUAUAUCUCAAUACUGUAAGAUUUAUUUCUCUUUAAUUACUGUACCACUAUUUAACCCUUUUGUUAGGGACAAGGAACAACAUGUUCAUAUAAUGUAAGCAAGAUGAAACACAAGGUUUUGUUCUUGCCAUGCAGUUUUAUAAAUUAUUUUUAUAAUGUCAUUAUAUUCAUUGCAUUAAUCAAAACAUACUUCUGCACUUAACUAUAUAUUUAAAUCAAGUUGCUGGUAGUAUACAUUGUGUCUCUGGAUAUUGAAGUAACUUGUGGGGAACAUUAAUGUAAAAUCUUAAGCCUGUCCUCUUGCCUUUAUUUUCUAUUAGUUAAUUGUUUUCUUUCACCAACAUGUUUAUUCUAUUGUUGAAUUCCAACUAAGCCAUAGAUUACUGUAAUGCUUCUCUUAUUAUGACCAAAUUCUAUAGUUUAAUAGUUUAUUUUAAGAAUGGUCUAUAGUUUUCUGAAUUAUUAUAUUAAUGUAGUUCCAAUACAUGGAGUACCUGAUUAUUUGUGUGAGACUGAGGGGGAGAGAAUGAACAUUAGAGAGUAAAGGAGAGACAGAAAUUGUGAUUGAGGAAAGGAGAGCAAUAGUCUGAGGAAUGGGAGAGAGAAAGGGAGGCAGUGAAAGAGAUGGAGAGAGAGGGAGAUUGAAAGAGCAAUGAAUAAAAGGUACAGAGGUGGGGACAGUGUGUUGUAUAUAAAUAAUAUAUUCACAUAUUGCUUGAGUGUAGACUGUAGACCAUCAUUAUAUAUUUUCUAGAGGCUGACAGAACUAGUGUUUAUUAAUUUGUACCAAUACUCACGAAAUAUCUUAUUCUCUUUUAAUAAAAUGGAUUAAUAAAAGAAAAAUGUUUCUUGUAAAA